AUGUCUACGGCCGAAGAAGCAGGCGUAGGCGAUGGGGCCCUAAGCAAAGAUAUCCUUUUGGUCUUCUUCCCUUUUGCAGAAAGAAAGGAAUGGAUAGAGCAUAUUACCAAUCGCUUCAAAGGCCUCCAAGUACGAUGGGUCAAUGCGAUAAAUUCCGACCACUCCGUCGUAAAAGCUACAGACAUAGCUGCGGAGCUGUGGGAUGGCGUAACCAUACUCUCUACGUUUAUGCCGCCUCCGGCCGAGCUGAUACCAAACGUCCGCUUCGUCCAGGUUACCUCGGCCGGUGUGGAUAGAUGGCCGAACCACCCUACGUAUCAGGACGAGAAGGUCAAGUUCUCUACUUCGAAUGGUAUUCAUGCGCCCCAAAUCGCGGAAUGGGUUAUCGGUGCUUGGCUCUCGCAUCAGCAUAACUUCAUACACUACACUUCGAAUAUGAAGACGGGAAACUGGGAAUCGCCAUUCGCAACCCGUAUUCAAGAUUCAACGGGACAACGAAUCGGUAUUUUAGGAUAUGGAGCAAUCGGAAGACAAUGUGCACGCUUAGCUAGUGUCUUAGGCAUGGAGAUCUACGCUUAUACGCGCGGUGAACGAUCCACCCCAGAGUCGCGCAAAGAUGACAGCUACUGCGUGCCGGGUACUGGCGACCCCGAUGGGAUUUUACCAGCGAAGUGGUUCCACGGCACGGACAAGGAAAACAUCAACGAAUUCCUUGCCCAAGGUCUUGACCUACUAGUUAUUAGCUUACCGCUAACACCAGAGACGCGACACAUCAUAUCCGACGAGCAAUUCAAGAUUCUUAAUGAAAGAAAGACCUUCGUAGUAAACAUCGCGAGGGGUGGUCACAUCAACCAAGAUGCUCUCAUUAAGGCGCUAAAGACAGGUCAGAUUCGGGGGGCUGCGCUAGAUGUGACGGAUCCAGAGCCUUUACCUAGUGAUAAUCCGCUGUGGAAGGCCCCGAACCUCCUCAUCACUCCGCAUGUAAGCUGGAAGACCGACCGCCUCUGGGAUAGAUUGCUGGACAUCCUGGAACUUAACCUUGAAAAACUAGCUACUGGAAAGCCACUUAUCAACGUAGUAAAUCGCAAACUUCACUACUGA